AUGUCGGGGAAUCAUCCAUAUAGGAAACAAGCGGUAAAUAUUCCUGAACAUUUGUUACCACAAUUAUAUAUGAAUCAGUAUAAUCCACCACCAUCAUCCAAUCCUCCAUCAACGGGUUCCAAUGGUCAUGUAAAUCCAACUAACCAAAUUUCAUCUAACCAAAGUGGAGGUAAUAUGACCAAUGUUGGUAAUACUAGCCAUCAAAAUCAUCAAAGUUAUCAAGGUAAUGGUAGUAAGGGGUAUCCGAACGAUCCUACCGAUAAUGGCCCGAGAUUCACUGGUAAAGAAAGGAUUCCGCCUUUACAAUCACCUAUAUUAGCACAAUAUCAAGAUCUUCCUUAUCCUGCCCAAAGUGAAAUUGAUUUACCUUCACCUAAUUUACCAUCCCCUAACUUACCUUCACCGAAGGUAACAUCCCCGGUAUCACCGAAUAUACCCUCAGGCAACCAAUUUUAUCGAGGACAUUCUCAAUCAGGGCAGCAUCAAGGUUAUUCACAAGUACAACCUCAACAAGUACCACCUCAACAAGUACCUCAUCAACAGGUACAAUCACAAAUACCAUACCAACAAGGACAGUAUCAACAAGGCCAACAAUCAAAUCAAUCAGGUCAAAAACCUCCUUAUCCAAGAGAAUACCCUUAUAGUAAUUCUCGUAACACUUCCAAUUCAUCUAUCAAUAGAUCACAAGAAUCUUUCAGAAGACAACCAUCUCAAGGAUUCUCCAAUCCUCCUAACCAACAACAAAAUCAACAGUUCCAACAAUAUCAACCACAAAGUUAUCAAACCCCCACGCAACCCCCCACUCAAUCCAAUCCUUAUCAAACCCCUCAAAACGGUUAUAAUCUAUCACAAAUGAAUACCAUGCAACCCAAUCGCCGAAAACCACCGCCAAUCCAAACAGAUCGAAGAAUUGUAUCGCAACCUUCACAAUCUCCUGUUACUCCCAAAUAUGAACAUAGGACCAAAUCAUUAAGUUCAAUGAAAAUGGCUUCGAUUCAACAAGGUCAAUCUAUGGAAGGUAAUGGUGAACCUAAUAAUAGUAGAAGUGUUAGUACUACAUCUUCAACUUCUAAUAUUCAUCAUACCUUCUCGUUGAGUUCGAAAUCCCGUUCAUUUACUUCAUUAUCAAAAUUAUCAUCAUUAUCAACAAAAAAAUUUAAUUCCUCAGCUUCACUUCAAAGUAAAAACACUGAAAGAACGGCUUCAACCUCAAGAAUCGCAUCGCAAAGAACAUUAAUCCAGAUCUCUAAAAAACCCAAAGUUUAUCCGGCAAUGUUAUCCAGGGUUGCUAAUGUUUUCCGAGAUUCCAUGUUCUUAACUAUCAACACUAAAGAUGGAUUGGAAUAUCACGAUACCUUCACUGGUAAGAUGGCAGUUGAUAUAAUUUGUCGUAUCAUUAGAACCAAUGAUCGUAACUUAGCAUUACUUUUAGGAAGAGCUUUAGACUCUCAGAAAUUAUUCCAUGAUGUUACCUAUAACCAUAGAUUAAGAGAUUCCGUUCACGAAGUUUAUGAAUUUAACCAUAUUUAUAGGGAUGUAGAGUUAUAUGAUGAAAAUGGGGAACGGUCUAAUUCAUCAGGUGACUUGUUACAACAACAAUUAGCUAAUGCUAACUUGAAUAGUGUGACUGAAGAAACUGAUGGAUUAAAUGGAGUUAACGGGGUUUUCACCAUAUUGACUGAUUGUUAUUCUCCUACUUGUAGUACCAAAAGUUUAUGUUAUAGUAUUGCAUGUCCUAGAAGAUUGGAACAACAAGCAAGAUUGAACUUGAAGCCUCAAGGUGGUUUAAAAAGAGCUGUUUCAAGAUUAUCCUUACAUGAAGAUGAAAACAUCUCUCUUUGGCAUGAAACUGUUCCUAAAUCUAUCUUGGAUAAGUUGGAUAAACAUGAAAAGAUGAGACAAGAAUUGAUAUAUGAAUUCAUCUAUACUGAAAGAGAUUAUGUUAAAGAUUUAGAAUUCAUGACCGAUUUCUAUAUUCUUCCAUUGAGAAACCCAAGUAAUAAUAUCAUCCCCGAGAGAGAAAGAGAAGCAUUCAUCCGAACAGUGUUUGGAGGAGUUAAUGAAUUAUUAAGGUUAGCUAAACUGUUGAGUGAACAAUUGACUAAAAGACAACAACAACAGAAGCCUGUAAUUGAAUCUAUUGCCGACGUUUUCCUUCAAUUCAUUGAUAGAUUUGACCCUUUUAUUAAGUAUAGUGGGAAUAAGGUGUUUGCCAGUUUCGAACACGAAAGACAACAACAAGUUAAUAUGAGAUAUGCUAGCUUCUUAGAUGCUAUUGAGAAAAGACCUGAAUCUCGUAAACAAGAUUUGUCGUCAUUUUUGAUCAAAGGUGUUCAAAGACCAGCAAGAUAUCAAUUACUUUUGAAUGGGAUCUUAAAGAAUACCAAACCUGAAUCUCCAGAUUAUAAGAAUUUACUUAAAGCCAAAGAAGAAAUUGAAAAGAUUUUGGUUAAGAUUAAUAUUCAAACCGGGGAAUCUACCGAUCGUCAUAAAAUCAUGGUUUUACAUCGUUUGUUAGGUAAGCAAACGUUAGAAGAAAAGUUCAACUUCAAAUUAAGCUAUAAUAACCGUAUUAUCUAUCAGGUGACUUUGAAUAGAAAAAGAGAUAACGAAAAGAUUGAUUUGUACCUUUUCGAACAUGCAUUAUUAUUGGUCAAACAUAAGAUCCAGAAUAAGAGAGAACAAUAUAAGGUGUUUGAAAAACCAAUCUACUUACCGUUAUUAUAUGUUAAUGGAGGAUACGACAUUCCGACAUUCAGAACUAUCUUGAAUUCUAGAUUCAAUGGAUCAAUUGUAAGUGAUUCUAAAGCUAAAGCUGAUUUGAAUAACAAAUUACAAAUCAAUUUCCUUGGUUUGGGAUCGCAACAAGUCCAUACCACAUUGAAUGCUGAUGAUAUUACCAAUCAAUCACAAAUCUUAUCACAAAUCUCCGCUCAACAAAAGAAAAUGGUGGAAAAAUACGAUAUCUUCUCCUUAACCAAAUACGAAACCAGAAGAUUUAGUGGUAAUAAUAAAAUCAAUUGUGCAGUUCCUUGUUAUGGUGGUAAGAAAUUAUUAUAUGGUACCGAUUCUGGGGUUUGGGUAUCAACAGUGAGAACUAUCAGUAUCACCAAUAAUGAAAAAAUCACUUCCGAUCCAACAAUGGUUAUCAGUAAACUUUAUGUCACCCAGAUAGAAGUGUUAGUAGAAUAUUCAAAAUUAUUAAUCUUAUCCGAUAAAUCACUUUACGAAUUUGAUUUAUCAUGUACUGAUUCUUUAGAUCAUAUCAAAAAUACCAGAUCAGGGAAAUUGAUUUUAACCCAUGUUUCUUCAUUUAAGACGGGUAUUUGUGAUGGGAAAUUAUUAGUAUGUGCUAUUAAGAGUGGUAAUGUUCAUCAAAUUGAUAUUUUUGAACCCAAUAAUCCUUUCGAUAAAGCUAAGAAGAAUAAGAAGUAUGAUAUCAGAGAGAUUUCUUUCAACUCCGAACCAGUAUCCAUAUCUUUCUUAAGAACCAGAUUAUGUAUCGGAUGUAAUAAAGGGUUUGAAAUCUUAUCAUUAGAGGAAGGUAAAAAAGAACCUAUCUUAGAUGAAGCUGAUCCAUCUUUAGAUUUUGCCAUACAAAAGGAAAGUGUUUCACCAUUAGCUAUUCAUAGAUUAGGUAAGGAUUUCUUAUUGAGUUAUAGUGAAUUCUCGUUCUUAAUCAAUCGUAAUGGUUGGAGAACUAAACAUGAUUGGGGGAUCUUCUGGGAAGGGAACCCUAAUAACAUAGCGUUAUUCUAUCCAUAUUUAUUAUCAUUUGAACCAAGUUUCAUUGAAAUCAGGGAUUUAGAAAGUACCAAUCUUAUCAGAUCCCUUGUAGGUGAGAAUAUUCGUUUCUUGCAUAGUAAUGAACAUGAGGCAAUGUAUGCUUGUGAAGAGAAUGGUUAUGAUGUUAUUGUUCUGAUUGAUUUCUUGAAUUUGAAACCCAAAUCUCCAAGUGCGUGA